AUGACUUCCAAGCCAGAAGUCCAUACCCAAUUCACCGUCUCAUCAGCAUGCCUCUGUUUCGGACAUCUCCAUAAUAUAUGGCACGGCAAGUCCAUGCCCAUCCAGCCCUUUCCCACCAGCCUUAGGCGCGCAUCAGGUGGGACAGUUAAAUGCCAAAUCAUCCAAUUCAAUGUUGCUGCACAAAAUGGGACGUGGUUGGUCUAUCAACUUGUGGAAAAGGGGUCUAAACAUGUUGAGGGUUGGUUUGCUUGCCACUCAGAUGUCGAUCCCGAGAUAGAAAUCGACAAAAUUAUUCGCGUCUCUGGAUCACCUUACGAAGGAGAUAGCGGGAGUCAAUUCCAUGAUAAGAAGACUGUCGCGGCAGGUGUGCUUCCAGUCAAUCGGUACGACUGGGGCUGGUACGACAGACGCUGCCAGGACCAAGUACGCGAAGAAGCCGGGGAGACAGAGCAGGACCCUGAAACGAUUGGGUGCUUCGAGGAGGUUGGUCUUGUAGACUAUGGACACGCGGAGGAGUACGUCGAGAAAUGGAAAGGUGUGGCAAGUCGAGAGAGAGAGAACCAGCCGCACGGCAUUUGGAUGACCAUUGGACUGGAGUACAUGUUUGGCCGAUUUGGCUUUGAUGACGAGCAUACGGCAGCGAGAUCGUUCCUAUGGUUCACGUCAGACACGUUCUUCACGCACACGACCUUUCGAGGGAUGGAACGAACGUUGAAAAUUUACGAGACAGAUGAACAGAGGUUUCAGCGACGUCUAAGAGAAGGGUACAACUUUGACGGACUGGAGUCAUUGCAUGAGAUGGCCGGCUACCGGAGCAGUUUGGCCGGCGUGGUGCCAUCACAGGCGGAAGCCUUAGGACCUUACGACGCAGCGGACUAUAUUCUGCAUGCAACAGACGUGGAUGCCAUCCGAGUGAGGCCCCGCAUCGGAGCACCCGAGUUCCCAACCCAGUGGAACGCUGCAAAUAUCGCACUACUAAAUAACAUCUUGAUGAGCUAUCUCGAGAAGUUUGUCGCCCCGGCCUCGUCUGCCCACGACACGACCACUUCAGCAGCUGCUUCUCUGUUCCCCAAGCGUGAACAUGUGCCAUCUGUCGACCAGUUCAUGUACGGCUUCAUGACGAAACCAAAUUCUGAUUCUAUAGAAGGGUAUGAUAGAGCUGCAGUUGGGGCGCGAGUCAAGCGAUUCUUGACACGCCUAUGUGAGGAUAAUAGUUUGAUAAGAGACGAUGGGUUUGUGGCAGGGCUGGUAGCUUGUGUUGCGUAUUUAGCCUCCGAGGUGUUGGAGUUGGCGAAUAAUUGUAGGCUUGACAAUCGGGUAACUGGUAUUGUUCCACGUCAUAUAAGGACGGUGGUGAUAAAUGACAAUGAAUUGUUUGACGUGUUUCGAUUCUCGAGCAUGUAUUGGUACGGCGGUGUGGUGGGAUGGGUUGCUGAUGAUGGUCAGGGAAAUGAAUAG